UGGAUCGCAAUCAUCGAAUAGAGUUGGAGUAAUCAUAAAAUAGAGUUUGAGGAAGGUUUCGAUACGUGUAUCUAAAAAUGAAUGUGUUCGUCUCCACCAUCGUGACCAUAUGUGUUUCGAUCGCAUCCGUCGAAUGCAUUCCGGAAUUGCAGUUACUGCACGUCGUGUUCGCGCACAAAACGUACGCGCCAAUUUCUGACAUAAUAAAUAGCAACGGUACGAAUCUACCAGCCCAAUUAACUUACGAAUACUUCAACUCCGCUCCAUUCAACAUGCCCGACGCUGAUCUGAAUCAAUCCCUUCCCGAUUGGGCCGAGGAAAUCUUUCCCCAUGGAAGUUUGUACAACGUUACGCUCUUGGAGUACGAUCUUCUUUCGCAAACUAAACUGCAGAGGCAACUAAAUGGUGGAACAAUUAUAAAAGAAAUCUUAGCGAAUACGUUGGAUUACAUUCAGGAAAAUAUACCAGAAGAACGAAAACUUAUGAUAUACAGUGGCAACGAUAGAAACAUUGCUGCUGUGUUGAAGAGCCUGAAUUUGUGGUCACCACAUAUUCCCAACGAGGGAGCUUCUGUGAUCUUUGAAUUGUAUUUUGAUAACGAAACACUGAGCCAUGGAAUAAAGAUAAAUUACUAUACCGCUGUUGAAGGGGAUACCAUACCUCUGACGAUGCCCAACUGCACAGAAAUUUGUCCGCUACAAACAUUUUUGAAUUCUGUUUAUGAUGUGCUGCCAAAAAGUGCGGAAUUGUUGUGCAACUGGAGACAUGCUGGUGAUGAAAUAUUAUUGGAAAGUAUUGUUUAUGGUUCAUCCGAGUCUCAUAAAUUAAGUAGCGUUAUAAUUUUGUUUUCAUUUAUAAUUAUAUCGUUUCUGCACUAACCAAUCGACCUAUUCUGUAGAUACUUUAAAUGGAAGUAUACAAUUAUUUCCAAGGAAAUCUCUAAAUUAUUGUAUCCAAACUGUUAUUUAUAAUUCCAUUAAAAAUAUGUUUAAAUUCUUGCAAUAACCUCACAACAAAUAAUUGCCAGUAACAUUUGAAUGUUUUUAAUAACAAUUAUAUCAGUAUUUGUGUCAUUUAAUAUAAUCAUGGAAGAAAAUAUAAUCUCACUUUGUGAACAUUCUUAUAAUAUAAAUAAGUUUAGUUUUAAGACCAUAGUCCAGUUCUCUUUCUAUUUUAGUUUUAUUUAGUAUUUUAGUAUUUAUUUAGUAUUUUAGUUUUUUAAUCUUGUGGUAAUCUUCUAUUUCAAUUAAAUUUUGUUUUCUAGACCA